AGACGACAGACAGAGCUGGCCACUCCCAGGCUUCCUGCGAGUCCAGCUGAUUUAAAGUGUUUGUGUGAUGGAAAGAGCAGGUUUCUGGACGGCACCUCCGUUUUCUUGAGGUUUCUGCUGUGCUGUUAUUCUCUGCUCACCUCGGCUUCACUUUGUGAUGCACCAAGGGAAACAGAAGUGGAGAGGAUUAAAAUUCCUCCAAUUCAGUUCUAGCAUCCAAGGAUGGUGAUCCAGUAAACGUCACCAUCAGAGACUGAAUUGGUUCACUCUCAGGUCUAGUUGCAUCGGGAUUUGGCCAGUAAUGUCCUUUGAGAUCUGGAAAAGAAAUGCCUAAAGGAAGCCUUCCAGCUUGGCUUUGAACCUCAACCAUAACAGGCAACCAGAAACUGCCUCUGCUUGUGCCUGUGAAUUGAUUAACCGCACCAGGCGGCUGAACAGCACUGUGCUGAAAUGCUGAAAAGCUUUGUGAGUUCUCCGGUGGGUGUGGCUGUCGGCGUUUCCCUACUAGUACUCUUGCUGGUCUGUGGGGUUGGAUGUGCUUGGCACUGGAAUCGCAGGGAAACCACAGCACUGCAACUUACCUUACCGAAGUUUAUACAAAGAAGAAGCAGCAGGCAUAAAGACUACACGAAAUCCGUCGGCUUGAGUGCCUACGUGACUAGCCCAAGCACUAAAACCUCAGUGGAAAGCAAAGACCACAAAUCUACUGCCAAGAGAAAUAAGAUGCACGGCAACUAUGAAAACGUGGAAGUGGGCCCUCCCCGCACUGAAGGGGCAACUGAGAAGGCCCUGUACGAAAACACGCAGCCGUCUAAUCUCGAGGAGCAUGUCUAUGGGAAUCAAAUGGACCCCCUAUAUUAUAACUUUCAGAAACCUAGUCUUCCUCCUCCUCAAGAUGAAGACAUAUACAUCCUUCCAGAUUGCGACUAGCUUUUCAACAAACUGAGACUCGUUGUUAGAGGAAAAAUGAUCACCAGUCCUCUAAGUGGACUGAUGCCAUCAUGAUUAAACUAUCCUGAUGAAAUGGUCUCUUUUCUAUCACCACCCGUAUAAAUCCCCACUAAGAGAACCAUUGUAGAAAAGUUCUAGAACGCCCCCCCCAACACAUGUGCCCUACCUUCAAUUAAAUCUGUGCUGUAUUAUAUUCAUUUUUCUUUUGAAAUGUUUCCUGUAACAGCUUUCCUUCGUCCCUUCCUCUACCAUCUUUUGACGUCAGCAUUACUACAGUCUUCUAGCAGGUCGUCCUUUUCCUGUGCUGAGGGGCUAACCCAAGGUCUUUGACAUGCCAGGUAAGUGCUCAACCACUGAGCCACAUCUCUAGCCUGGUCUUCUGAGUUACAUCCAAUCAAUGGCCUAUGACACAGCAGGUUGAUCUUCAGAAAAUAUUCUAGGUGCUCACAUCAUUAUUUUGCCAAAAAAAAUAAUAAUUUUUAUGUUGUUUGCAAAAGUAUAAAGCUCAAAACCCUAACUCCAAAAUUCAUGACUUUUUCAGUUAUACCUUCCUUUUCCAGUUAUUUCCCCUCACCCCUCAGUUCUUUGCUUGCAUCUGAGUCAUCUUGAAGCUGCCAAUCCCCUCUCUCAACUCCACUGUGUGACUUGUCUGCCUCUCAAGUCUGCCUCAGGUCAUAAUUUCUUCCAGCAUCCCCCAUUUCAAACCUAUGUUUCCUUUUUUAGACCUUGUUGCCUGUUUAAUUCUUUGAACAUUUAAAGAUAUGAAUGUUUGCUAUGUAUUUUAUUAUUAAUGUAAUAUGAGGAUGUCUUCAGUAGCAGUUAAACAGAAAAGUGAAGUGGUUCCUAGUAAUAUUCUUAGAUCCAAAGACAUCGUAUGAAGAACUAAAAGCUUGGUUAUUUGAAAAAAAAUAUGAAUCUUAGUUUGUCAAGUAGUUUUGAGAAAAACUAAUAAAUUUACUAAUUCUAAAUCUA